UGGAGGCACUUUCACUUUCGGAAGGGACACGUGAUUUCCAGGAAAACGGGAGUAGGCGGAUAAAGGACCGGGCGGGAAGCGUCCGCCUCCCGCAUCGAGGUCGCCGCCCGUCCCGUCGCGGCAGCUCGGCGGAGCCCGCACCAUGGCAGCGCAGGAGAACGAGGGGGAGGCCCAGAGGCUGCGUUUCGUCCCGUGGCUCCUGAAGGCCAUCGACAGCGGGAACUACCGCGGGCUGCGCUGGCUCGACCGCGAGCGCACCACCUUCCGCGUCCCCUGGAAGCACAACGCCAGGAAGGACAUCACCAGCAGCGACCUGGAGGUCUUCAAGGCCUGGGCAAAGGUGGGUGGGCGGUAUGAGGAGUCGUCUGAGGACCCGGUCAAGUGGAAGACCAACUUCCGCUGUGCCAUGACCAGCACCGGCAUGUUCACAAAGCUGAAGGACAAUUCCAAGUCUGGCGAAGACCCACACAUGGUCUUCACCAUUAACCAAGCCACCCUUCAGCACAGCAAGGAGGGGGAUUUCAGCAGCCCUGAUCCUGCGGUGGACCAGCAGCCAGCACAACAGCAGCUGCAGGUGGAGCUUCACCCCCAAGACAUGGCCCCAGAAAUUGCUCUCCCAGGCAGCACCGAUCCCACACAGCCCCUGUCACUGGAGAAGCUGCUGCAGCAGUGUGACAUCUCCCCCCGUGACGUUGUCUCCAUGACCCCGUCCUGGGUGCCCGCAGGGGACACCCUCCACCCAGACAUCCUUCUCCAGCCUCCCCAGGACAGCCUGCUCCAGCUUCAUGCCGACCCCAGCCAGAACAACUACUUCGCUCCCCCAGCAUUUCAGCAGUGGGUGCCCACGGUGGAGCAGCCCAUCUUGGGCACCUACAGCCCCCUGGUCUUCAUGCCGCCAGAGGAGACAGGAGCCGUGCCACUGCCAUGUCACCUGACAGAGGGCAUGGUCCCCAUGCAGUCACCAGGGCAGGCGAUGUUUUUGGUCUCCACCGCCAGCCCUGUGCCACAGCCACAGCAGCUGGUGCGUGACACAGGUGCCUUCUUCUCUGACCUGGAUGUCACCAUCUACUACCGGGGAAAGGAGUUCGGUCGAGAGAUCGUGCAGGGCAGCCACUGCCUGCUGACAUACCAGCCCCUCGACCUGGCGGUGGCCCAGGGUCCCUGGCACGUGGUGAACUUCCCCAGCCCCGCCAACAUGGCCGAUAAAAAGCAGUGGCGUAUCACCGAGGAGCUGCUGGGCAAGGUGGGGCUGCAGCUGGAGCAACGUGCCCACAAGGUCUUUGCCACCCGCCGGGAGAAGUGCAAGGUAUUCUGGGCCCUGUCCCAACAGCUUGAGGGUGUCGAGGACCCCCCAUCCAACCUUCUCUGCCGGGACCAGGAAACCCCUAUUUUUGACUUCAGGGAGUUUAGCACAGAGCUAAGGGACUUCCGCAACGGCCAAAGGCGGCGGUCCCCUGACUUCACCAUCUACCUCUGCUUUGGUCAGGCCUUCUCCAAGGCCAAGCCUAAGGAGGCCAAGCUCAUCCUAGUCAAGGUGAAGGAGCCAACAACCACUGCUGCCCAGGGAAGGGGAGAGACUCAUGGGGGCCAGGGGAGCUGGGACUCUGGGUGUCUGAGGAGGGGGACCCUCAAACUGGUGCCCAAGUUCUGUGAGGACUGCUACGAGAAGGUGCUUCAGGAGGGAGCCUCGUCCCUCGACAGCCACACCACCAGCUUGCAGCUCUCGGACUCCUUCAGUCUCUACGAUCUCAUUGAGCAGUACACCAUGCAGCUGGACUGACUCCCACCCACCACAUGGCCCCUGGGACAGGCAGCAGGACCAGUGUGCAGGCACUGUGCAAACCGGCACCCCCAACUCAGGGACAGCUUCACUGACCAAUCUCGGAACUCACAUGUUUCUUUCCCCCUCGCUCAGCUGCUAACGUGUUUUUGUGGGUUGUGAUCAUUUACAGAUUUAUUUUCUUAAUUUUUCCAAGUUUAAAUAUAUGUAUAGAAAGGUA